UUCUCACUAUCAUGCACGAAGGGGAUAGUGACAUUCACGAAUUUCCUUUUCGCGAUCCGGGAGAAUGGGAAAAGCGAAAAAAAGUGGAUUUUUUCAUGGUAUCACCACAGGAUAUUGUUGCACAGGGGAAAUGCCUCUGCCUGCAGUACAUCCGUUUCCGCUUGAAGCGUGCCGGGGCACUCAAUCGGAAGGUAAUUCAGCGUCUUCGUACCAUCACAAUCGAAUCUCCAGCCACAAAUACCAUCAUCAGGGAUGUUUUUCCCAUUCUCAAUGGGCUUGGCGAGGAGCUCGAACGGAUGCACCCGCGUGUCUACAGCAACGUCGGACGGCAGCUAUCACGUGCCUGGAGCGAUCUCCCCGAUGCUGAGACCCUCUCCCUCCUCCUUGCCGAAGUGGCCAAGGAGCUCUUCCGCGGCGGCACCAGCUGGGCACGCGUAAUCUCCUUCGUGGCCGUCAUGGGGGGUGUGGCGCUCGAUUGUGUCCGUCUGGGUCGUUCGGAGGCACUCCCGCGCCUCGUUGAGGUCUUCGGGCAUGUCGUGGAGGAGGAUCUAAUGGGAUGGCUCGAAGCACGCGGCGGCUGGAAGGGUUUGCUCACCAUCCGAGCUGCUGGUGCUGACUACACGGUGAUGGGAUGGCUCUCAAUUGGGGUGGCUGUUGUUAGUUCCGUCUACCUGGCCACGUGCAUCCUUGACUCCCUGCGGAGGCUUAUUUUAUGAUCAAAACACGAGAAUUACGCGCUCAAAGGGAAGUUUUCUUCUUUAUUUUUUUUUCUUUUAAUUGUUAAUGCAAAGUGGAUGCUUUUUGCCUUAGGGGAGACUCUGGUAACUUUACCACUUCUUGAGCUUUUUAAAAGCUUGAAAAAUCUCAUUUCUCUUGGUAAUAGGGGAAAUGGGGCAAAGUGAUAACAAAAAUUCUUAUAAGAAUCGUAUUUCAGGGCUAAAAAGCAUUUGAAAAAUAUUUAUCCAAAAGACUGGAUAAAACAUUUUUGAAGAAUUUAUCAUAAAAUGUGUCUUGAAUAUUUGAAUUUGAAUUGGACUUUUGGUCAUUGGAUAAAAAAUUCAAGGUUAAUUAAUAAAUAAUUAAUUAAGUCUUGACUAUUGAUGUGAUAAAUGUAUUAGAUAAAAAUUUAUCCAAAGGCAAUUUUUUUUAUCCAGAUUAACAAAAAUGUAAAAAUUAGCUUUACAGUUUUGGGAUAGAUUUUACAUUUUGAUUAAAGUGUUGAUUAAAGAUCGAUUGUUGGAUUAUCUAAUAAUUAUUUUUUUAAAAAAUUGAAAAAAUAAAACAAAAUUUUGCAAUUAAGUGAGAAAAGUAAAAUACGCAAAAUCCAAUUAAGGUAAACUUACUUCAAAUGCCUUUAUUCUUAAUUUUUUUUUUAUCCAGAAUAAUUUUUAUCUAAGAUCUAUCGAUAUAUUAUAACGAAUAUUUUAUCCAGAAAAAAAUUAUCUUUUUUUUAUUCAAAUCUUAUCAAAAACAAAUAGUUUAAUCAGAGAAUAUUUCAUAAAGAUUAUUUUUUUAUCAAGAAAAUCUUAACCAGAAUUUUAUAAAAAAAAAAUUUUCAAGCAGAUCAGAAAAAAAUAUUUUUUUUAAAUUACUUCGUCAAAAAACAUAUUAUUGUAAAUUUUAUAUCAAGACUUGAAAACAGGUGAAUUUUUUUUUAUCAAGAAUCUACUCUCAAGAAAUUUAUCAAGAAUAUUCUGAUAAAAGAAUCUUUUAUCAAGAAAAUCUUAUCAAGAAUAUUUUAUUAAACAAUAUUUUUCAUGCAAACUUUAUCCAACAUAUUAUGGUAAAUCUUUUAUCAAGAUGUGAGAUAGGAGAAUUUUUUUAUCAAGAAAAUUCUGAUAAAAGAAUAUUAUCAAGAGAUUUUUUUUCAAGAUAAAAUAUCAAUUAAAAAUUAACAGGAAUAUUUAAUCAAAAGAAUAUCUAACAAGAAUUUUAUUAGGAAAAUUUUAACAAGAGAGUGUCCAAAAGGAAUUUUAUCAAGAAAAUCUUGCCAAUCAGAAAAAUAUUUAUUCAAGAAUCAACUGUUUUAUCAAGAAAAUGAAAACAUUUCAACAAGAAACCUCAGUUAAAAAAAAUUCUUGACAAAUCCUAUCAAGAAAAUCUUUUGUCAAAGAUUUUUUUUAUCAAGAACCGUUUUAAAAUAAUAAAAAAUAUAUCCUGAAAAUCUUUAAUCAAGAUUCGUUUAAAAUUAAAAAAAAUAUCCUGAAAAUCUUUUAUCAAGAAUCUUUUUAAAUGAUCAAUAUCCUAGAAUUCUUUUAUCAAGAAUACUUUUAAAAUUAAAACAAAAAAAUUAUCCUAAAAUUCUUUUAUCCAGACUCUGCAAAAAGCAUCCACUUUGUUGGAAAACUCCCUCAAUUUGUUACUAAAAGAAAUAUUUUAUUUUAUUUUUUGUUGAGCUGGGAAAAUCUCCUUGCAUUUGUUAUGAAAAUAUUUUUAUGUAAAAAAAAAAGAUGUUUUUAGGGAAAAAUAUAUAUUUUUUGGGUA